GCGUCUCCGCUACGGGGCAGGUUAUGAAAGAAAAUGGAAUUUACAGACAGAACAGACUUCUUUAAGAUUUUAUAGUACUGGAAUGACCUUGGACAACAUCAACAAACCAGACAUAGAUCGCAUUAUCAGGGUGGAUCAUGCAGGGGAAUAUGGGGCAAAUCGUAUUUAUGCUGGGCAAAUGGCUGUACUAGGUAGAACUACAGUAGGACCAGUCAUUCAGCAAAUGUGGAAUCAAGAAAAGGACCACCUGAAAAAGUUUAAUGAGUUAAUGGUCACAUUUAGAGUUCGACCUACUAUUUUAUUGCCUUUCUGGAAUGUUGCAGGGUUUGCUUUAGGUGCUGGAACUGCUUUACUUGGAAAAGAAGGUGCAAUGGCUUGCACUGUGGCAGUGGAAGAGAGCAUAUCAGCGCAUUAUAACAAUCAGAUGAGAACACUAAUGGAGGAGGAUCCAGAAAAAUACAAAGAAUUAUUGCAGAUAAUAAAGAAAUUCCGGGAUGAUGAGUUGGAGCACCACGAUAUAGGGCUUGACCACGAUGCAGAAUUGGCACCAGCUUACUCACUUUUGAAGACUGCUAUACAAAUUGGAUGUAAAGCUGCAAUAUUUUUAUCAGAGCGAAUUUAGAACUCUAUUUUUCAAUAAGAUAAAAGAUUAUGGUAUUAACUUAAGACUUAACUAGUCCACUUGUGAAAUUAUGUGAAACUAAGAUAUUUUAUACAGUAACUGACUUUUUUUUCUUGUUCUUUUUAUAAAGGAUCUGAUUCUGCCAGUAUUACUUGUUCAAAAAGUGUUUUCCUCAAAAUGAGUGGGGCUAUAUGUGGAGUAUCAUACUUACAAUGUGAGUAUGGAUGGUAGAAUUGGUCCUUAUUGACUAAUUCUAAAGUGAAAUUAAAAGUCUGGUUUUUAACCAAAAAAAUCUGCUGGUUUUGCAAAUAUUCACAAGGUGACAGUAAAGCAUGUAUCUAUGUAAUGGUACAUACAUUUAGUAUUAGCCCUCUGUACUUGUAUAGACUUUUAUAAAUGAGCUAAUCCUUAAGUUUAAUUUAAAACAACAUAUUUACCACAGUUUUAUUUUCAGGGGAAAUAAAUCAAAUUCUGUUAAGAAUGUUUCCCUCAAAUAUGUCUCAAAUAAAGAUCUGUUAUUACAGGGCUCUGUUUCAUUGAUAUA